AUGACGUCUAUUGUAGAUACCGAUAGAAUUGGAGCAGAUGCGAUCGGACGCAGAAUUGAAGGCGCCGAUGAAAAGACGUUGAUCACACAUUCUGAGGAAUAUGGCGAACAACAACAACAGCCAACGGGCCUCGAGCGGUACAUCAACCAUUCCUCAGUCGUGAACUUUGGUGUAAUUAUUCUUGCAUCAUGGGAGUCUUUUGCCGUUACUUUCCAAUUUGCACUAGCAAACGGUGGCCCAGCUUCGAUGUUCUAUGGAUCCAUCCUGGCUGGGUUCGGAGCCUGUGCCGUCGGGUUUUCACUAGCUGAGCUGGCUUCGAUUGAUCCGACUGUCGGCGCACAGUAUCGUUGGUCUGCAAAUCUCGCUCCCAGUGCUAAUAGGUUUUGGGGUCUACUUCAAGGUACCUCACUACAAAAGAUGGAUUACUACUGCUGCGUGGUGCUUCGCCUGUGGGGGCCACCAUCUAUCUUGGCAAACAUCAUCACGUCUCUGGCUAUCUUCAACAACGAUGACUAUGAGCCCCAAAGGUGGCAUACCAGUCUCAUCAUGAUUGGUACCCUCGUUCUGCCCUUCCUUUUCACUCUCUGGUUUCGAAAGUUUCUCAAUGCGUUCGAAAUAAUUGGUGGGCUCCUACACGUCGCCUUGUUCGUUGUCUUUAUUGUUAUUCUCGCCGCCCUCGGACAACGCAGCAGUUCCGACUACGUUUUCAAUACGCUUACAUCUGACUUGUCUGGGUGGAAUGAUCCUGGCAUAUCUUGGGGCUUGGGGUUAUUGACAAUUACGUUCUCCGUGACAGGCUUCGACAGCGUCAUACACAUGAGUGAUGAGGUGAGAAAAGCCAGAACACGCGUUCCACGAAGCGUCAUUCUUGCCUGCGUCGUCAACUCAGUCAUGCUCUUCGCCUUUGUUACGAUUUUGCUCUUCUUCAUCGGGCCUCUAGAAGACCUUUCCACUGCUCCGCUGCCGCUCAUCUACGUAACCUACAACGCGACUGGCUCGAAAGUCGCCUCCAACGCUCUAGUCUCCCUGGUCGCAGUUAUAAUCUUUUUUGCCUCCUUCAAUAUGUUGGCUUCAGUAUCUCGACUCGUAUGGAUGUUCGCGAGCGAUAAGGGGUUGCCAUUCUCCCGCUUCUUCUCGCAUAUCAACCCUACAUUCAAGUUACCGAUGAAUGCAUUGCUUCUUAUUGUUGGCAUCGUCACCUGCCUAUCUCUCAUCUACAUCGCCUCGGCCACAGCAUUCAACGCCCUCAUCUCUCUUCAGGCUUUGGCUCUACAUGUAUCAUACUUCUUUCCCAUUCUUUUCCUCUUGCUUCGGAAGCUUCGCGGUCCGCCACCACCGUACGGGCCUUUUAAGCUGGGAGCUGUAGGAGUUCCGGUCAACGUCUUUGCGCUCAGCUACUUGAUCUACGUUGUGCUGUGGAUGCCAUUCCCGCAAAUAUUGCCAGUCACGAAAGACAACAUGAAUUACGCAGGCCCGAUAUUUGGAGCAGUUCUGCUAGGUGCGCUCAUUGAUUGGUUUGCAAGCGGGCGGAAAAGGUUUCAGAUGCCUCUGAGGAAAUAUGAGUAGUCUACUUACUACAUCGCAUUGCAUCUGAGUAAGGCACCUUGGUUGCUGGAUCGCGUUAAGCGUGCAAGCUUCUAGAUCGAAUAUCGGCU